GCAAAGGGGUCGCUUGAUUUUGGCGGGUAAGUUCUGUAUCCAUCAACCAGCUGGUUUUGACCUCUCUGCUGGCUUCUGCUAUGUGAAACCCGUCCGUUUCGUGGCUUUUCUUCUUUCGAUUUUUUGCUGAAAUCGUUUUUCAUCGAAUUCUGCUCUGGAGAAGAGGGAAGCUUCUUCUUGGGUUAUCUCAAAGUUGAUCAAGAGAUUGCUCUGGGGUGAAAAAGUAAAGAGUCUUUUAUUACUGUUACAAUCUUUGAUUCUCCCAUGGCUCCAUGCUUAAUUAUUUACGGUUACCUGCUCUCAAAGUUUGCAAAACCCUGUUUCAUGCUCCAUUGGUGUAGUGGGCUAGGAAUGCACAACAGCAAUUUUUGGGAUUGCAUAGAUGAACUAGUACUACAGAGAUCCCAUACAACCUUACCAAAUUGCUCUGUCUGUCUGUCUGUCUGUCUAGAGUGAGCUACAUUCCCUAGAGUGAGCUAGCCCUGAUAUGAGAUGUGACGAGACAGAGGACCACUGAAAUUUAUGGACCUUGCGAUGAUAAUUCUAUUAUUUACGUCCUCUGACUUUUUUAUCUUAUCUCCUCUAACCCAAAUAUUGGCAUUUUCCUUGCAAAUGGGAAUGAAUCCUAAGGCCAUUUAUCUCUGUGGUAGCUAGGUAUUGAAGUGAAGAAAUGGUACUAGGUUGCUGAUAUACUUUAUAUGCACUUCUUCUUCUUCUCUUGAUCAAGUCUCCAGGUUCCCAAUCCGCAAAACCAUGUCUCCUGGUGGUGGGUAUACAAUUGAAGUAACAAGCUUGUCUCAUAAAGCUACAGAGAAGGAUGUCCGCGAUUUCUUCACUCACUGUGGUACAGUUGAGAACAUCGAAAUCAUCAGAUCUGGUGAAUACGCUUGCACUGCGUAUGUGACAUUUAGAGAUCCCUAUGCUCUUGAAACUGCCAUCCUCCUCAGCGGAGCUAGAAUUGCAGAUCAACCUGUGUGCAUUUCACUUUGGGGCACCCAGAUAUGUGAAUCUGACAAUCCUUGGAACAGCCCUUCCAGUUCCUGGCAACCUGAAGGCAGAGCUUACCAUGAGGCAACUCAUCAUGUGAACCACUUGGCUUCCAGCCCAGGGGAAGCCGUGACAGUGGCACAAGAAGUGGUGAAAACGAUGCUGGCAAAAGGAUACGUCUUGGGGAAAGACGCGCUGGUGAAGGCCAGAGCGCUGGACGAAUCCCACAAGGUGUCGGCUGUUGCUGCAGCGAAAGUGGCCGAGCUCAGCAGCAGAAUCGGGCUGACGGAGUCGAUACAAUCAGGGAUGGAGACUGCGAGAUUUAUAGACGAGAAGUACCACGUGUCGGACAUCACCAAGACGGCGGUGCUGUACACGGGAGCGGCAGCCGUGACUGCAGCCACCAUCACGGGCCGGACCGCGGCUGCCGCGGCCCAUGCGGUGGUGAACAGCAGUUAUUUUGCCCAGGGCGCGGUCUGGGUCUCGGAUGUUCUGGGCCGUGCGGCCCAUGCAGCCGCGGAGUUUGGACAUAAAGGGAGCAAAUAAGCUAGGGGAAUGGGUUAGUGGAAGAUAGUUAUGUGUGUUGGUGAAUAAAAAAACGGUCCAUUGUUUCAUUGUUUUUGUAUCAUUUUUUACUAGCCUAUCUCUACGCAUGAAUGAUGUUAAAAAUCAAGUCUAAUCAACUGUUUUAUCAGUUGAGUUUUUCUCUGGUUUUCUACAUAUGACCGACCCGACUUUAGGAUAUCUGUUCGAGGUUAUCUCAUUUUUUGAAAAUUUGUUGGUUUAUUGUCGUUGUUGA